AUGAGCUUAAUUUUAAGAUAUAUCGAUGAAAAAAAUCAAGUUUUUGAACGAUUUGUCGGAUUUUUGAAUUGUCAUGAUAAAUCUUAUGAUAAUGCAAAUGUUUACGAAGAACUUCAAGUAAACGAAUCCAAAUUAACUGGAGAAAAAUUAGGAGAUAUUGUAAUAUCUAUUUUAAAAAGCAUGUCACUAGAUCUUGAAAACUGUGUUGGUAUUGGAACAGAUGGAUGUUCAGUCAUGAUCUCUCAACUUCGUGGUGCUGUUCAACAGGUCCAAAAACAUUGUAUAAAUGCUGUACACAGUCCCUGUUCUAACCACGCAUUAAAUUUAUCAAUUUCAAAGUCAUCAGACGUACAGCUUAACAAUCUUAAAGAAUGCAAACGUUCCAUAACUAGUUUAUGCGAAACAAGGUGGGUUGAACGUCAUACUAGCAUUUUUGAAUUUCAGUCUUGUUUGUCAGAAAUUAUAGAAAGUUUAACUGACAUAUCUGAAUGGACUGACCAUAUUUCUUCGUCAAAAGCUAAAACACUUUUAAUGGCUGUAACUUGUUGUGAUUUUAUUAUUACCUUAUUUGCAUUGACCGACGUUUUAAGUGUUACACUACCAGCCAGUAGACUUUUGCAAAGUUACGAUAGAGACAUUGCAGAAGCAUCUGAUAUAAUCGAUGGUAUUAUACUUACCCUCUCUGGAAAACGAUCUAAUUGUGAAUCGGACUUUUCACAAUUAUUUGAACAAAGUAAGAAUGUUAUGAAUAAAUUGGACAUUGAUUUAAAAUUACCAAGAAUUGCCAAACGCCAAACACAAAGAUCUAAUACUCCUGCUCAAUCACUAGAAGAAUAUUAUCGUCGAGUUUUAUAUAUUCCAUUACUUGAAAACAUUUCAGAAGACUUGCAGUCACGUUUUCUUAGUACAAAAACUAAAACAUUUAUAUUGAUGCUGCUUAUACCAUCCAAUGUUUUAAACAUAUCAAAUGACAAAAAACACGAACUUCUUCAGGCUGUAACAAAUCACUAUGCAUACUUGGAUAUUAAUAUUUUAGAAUUUCAAGGAGAAAUAGAACUAUGGAAAACCAAAUGGAUUGAAAGUAAAAAUGAAUGUAAGUAUUUGAUUUAUAUUUGUCUUUCAUAUCCAAGCAUCACUGCGUUCGAUGCACACGUCUUAUUCCAACUCCGUUAUAAUUUCGUUGUUAUUCUCGCUCUGUGCAACCGAUUUGGUUCAAAUUUAUAG